UUUUUUUUCAUUCGUAAGCUCCCAUAGCCAAAAGGGCAGUUAUUCUCAUACGGCUACCUCACCACUCCCUGGUGGUUAAGCCUUAAAUAAUCCAUAAAACAAGAAACAAAAACCCCAAGAAGAAAAGGGUGAAUCUUAGAGCUCUUUUUUUCUUCGAAGAAAGCAGUUAAUUUUUUUAAAAAAAAAUGCAAGCUUGGUUCUCGGGGGGCAGUAGUGUGGUUGAGGAUCAGGGAAAAGAAGGAUCCUCGCUUUUAGCAGAUUGGAAUUCGUAUGCAGCUUCAAGAGAAUCAGAUGAGGGCACUGCGUUUGGGUUUGAUCUUGAGUCUGCUAUGAGGUCUGCCAAUGAUACCGUCACUGGUACCUUCAAUGUUGUUUCAAAAGGGGUGAGAGAUAUUCCCGGGAACUUCCAAUCUGCCACGAGCAGUGUUCCUUCAGGAAAAGCGCUUGUCUAUUUUGGUUUAUUUCUGGCGAGUGGAGUCUUUUUCGUUUUCAUCGCUUUUACCAUGUUUCUUCCAGUCAUGGUGAUCAUGCCACAGAAAUUUGCUAUCUGCUUUACUCUUGGAUGUGGGUUUAUCAUUGGAUCAUUCUUUGCUCUUAGAGGGCCAAAGAAUCAGUUAGCCCACAUGUCAUCAAAAGAGAGGCUUCCUUUUACUCUGGUUUUUAUUGGGAGUAUGGUGGGUACCAUCUAUGUUUCCAUGGUGCUUCACAGCUACAUCCUUUCCGUUCUCUUUUCUGUGUUACAGGUCCUUGCACUUGCAUACUAUGCUGUUUCUUACUUCCCUGGUGGAUCUGCUGGGUUGAAAUUUCUCACAUCGGCUCUUACGUCUUCAGUUACUAGCUGUUUCGGCAGGUGACCUGGCCACUUUUCACCUUUGCUUUUGCCUUGUAUACUUUUAACGGUGUUAGUUCAUGUUUUAUUGCUUCCAAGUUGUCAACAUUUUCUGAUGAAAAACUGUAACAAAUGUACCUUUACCUGCAUCAAAAUUUUCAGAACAGCCGUACUUAUUCCAUUUAUAGCAUGAACUUGGCUUGCCUGUGGUC